AUGCGUUUUCACCGGAUACGUCAUGCGCACCACCGGCGUCCUAAGCGGCAGCACGGCGGUAGCCAGGUGUACUCGUAUGUGCUGGAGCGGGACGCCGGCCCGUGGGGACUCUGGGGCACCCAAUCGCCCUGCUCGCGAUCCUGUGGCGGCGGAGUGGCCUUCCAGACCCGCCGCUGCACGGACGAGAGGCCCGACGGAACGUCGUCCUGUCAGGGUCCGAACAAGCAGUACCUUUCGUGUAAUGUGCAGCCGUGUCCGGAGGGCACCGGUGACCUGCGCGCCGAACAGUGCGCGGAGUUCGACAGACUGCCGUUCGAGGGGCGGUUCUACAGCUGGGUGCCGUACCUGAAGGCGCCCAACCAGUGCGAGCUGAACUGUCAGCCCCGCGGGGAGCGCUUCUACUACCGACACAAGAGGAAGGUGAUCGACGGAACCAGCUGCGGACCCGAGGGACUCGACGUCUGCGUCGAUGGACAGUGUAUGCAAGUGGGCUGCGACCGGAUGCUGGGCUCCACAGUGAAGGAGGACAAGUGCCGCGUCUGCGGCGGCGACGGCAGCGACUGCUACACCGCCGAGGGCCUGUUCGACGCCGAAAACCUGCAGGCCGGCUACAACGACAUCCUGCUGAUCCCCCAGGGUGCCACCAACAUCCUCAUCGAGGAGAUCCGAGCCACCAACAACUACCUGGCCAUCCGCAACCUCACCGGACACUACUACCUCAACGGAAACUGGCGCAUCGACUACCCGGACACGCUCGAGUUCGCCGGCAGCAAGUUCCAUUAUGAGAGGAAGCCGCUCGGCUUCUUUGCGCCCGAGAGUGUGCGGGCGCUGGGACCAACGACAGAGGCUCUCUACGUGGUGCUGCUGUACCAGGAGAAGAACGAGGGCAUUCAGUACGAGUACAGCGUACCCCGCUCAGUGGCCGACGCCGGCAGCUCCGAGUACUCGUGGGUUCCCUCCGGAUGGUCCGACUGCUCGCAACAGUGCGGAGGAGGCACCCGCAGUCGUCAGCUGAGCUGCAUCAGAAGCGAGGACCGAGUGGAGGUAUCGUCCGACCUCUGCGACGUGCUGGUCAAACCGGCGGAGUCCGAGGUCUGCAACGAACAGCCCUGUCAGGCCAGCUGGAAGGUGGGCAACUGGUCCGAGUGUUCGGCCGGCUGCGGCCAGGGUGGUGUACGCUACCGAACCGUCACCUGCGAACAGAAGGUCAGCGGAGACGUCCAGGCCGUGGUGGACGACCAGAUGUGUGCGCGCACGGCCGGCGCGCGACCGGCGCACAUGGAGGAGUGCAACACGGACCCGACAGACUGCCCCAGCUACCACGUGGGCGACUGGUCACCGUGUGACCGGUUGUGCGGUGACGGUGAGAAGACGCGCCAGGUGCUCUGUCACCGGGUGACCAGCACGCAGACCGUGCUGCUGGAGCCCUCCGAGUGCGAGGAGGCCAUGCCGAACGCCACCGAGCCGUGCUUCCUGCGCCCGUGCGAGGGAGUCGACUGGGUCACCUCCGACUGGAGCGGGUGCGAGGGCAAGUGCGGCCUGCAGACAGAGACCCGCAGCGUUCAGUGUGUCAACAUGGAGGGCCAGGCGUACGACGACGAGUACUGUCAGCAGAGCCGGCGGCCGGGCACGCGCCAGGAUUGUCUGUCCUCCGUGCCGUGCGCGUACAGCUGGUACACCACGCAGUGGAGCGAGUGCUCGGCGACCUGCGGGUCUGGUCUGCAGACCCGGCGGGUGUUCUGCGCCUCCGUCAACGAUGAGGGGAUGAUCGUGCCCACGGAGGAUGAGCACUGCGACCCGGAGCGAAAAUACGACGGCGAGAGGGAGUGCGAGGCAGAGAGCGAGACCUCGUGCGCAGCCAGCUGGAUGGCGGGACCCUGGGGGCCGUGCUCUGCCUCGUGUGAGGGCGGCACCCAGUCGCGCGAGGUGUUCUGUACUGACGGACAGAACCGCGUGGACAUCGCGCUCUGCGGAGACGAGACCAUUCCUAGCGCCCUCCAGGAGUGCAACCAGAUGGAGUGCGCGGCCGCAGAGGAGAUAAAGAAGCUGACUCUCAUCGCCUCCCUGGCGUUCGACCCGUCUGCUCUGGACGAGGAGUGCGCCGAAGAAGACCAGGCGCUGUUCUCUGGUGGAGGUUCCGGCGCCGAUUUGGAUGACGGGCUCAACGUUGACUUCUUGGACCUGCUGGCUCGCGCUCGGGAAGAAGAGGCGGCCAAGGACUCAGUGGAUGACUCUGGGCUGAGCGGAGCUUCCGGCGAGGACUCGAGCUCCUCCGAGGAGGACUCGAGCUCCUCCGAGGAAUCCAUGUCGUCUGAGGAGUCCGGAUCAGAGGAGGAGUCGGGCAUGCCGGACCUAGGCGACGAUGACGGCGAAGAUAUGUCCGGAGAAAUGGCAGCCGAUAUGUCUGGCGAAAUGUCGGCCGAUAUGUCGGGCGAGAUGUCCGGAGAAAUGUCGGCCGAUAUGUCCGGAGAAAUGUCCGGCGAAUCUGUUACCACAGAUCCUCCCAAGGAGGUACUGGAAGGUCUGGAGUCCAUCGAGCGCUUCAAGCGUCAGAUAUCCAUCAAUCCAUCUGCUCUAGACGACGUGACUUUGGACAGCUCGGUGGAGUCAUCGGGAGAUAUGUCCGGAGAAAUGUCUGGUGAUAUGUCCGGAGAUGAAGAUAUGUCCGGGGAAAUGUCUGGAGAAAGCUCCGGACUUGAGCCUUCCGAUAUAUCUGGAGACAUUUCUGGGGAAAUGUCUGGUGACAUGCCUGAGCUUAGCGACGAGAUGCCGAUGGAGUCUGACGGCGAUGUGACAUCUGGCGACAUUUCGGCUGAUGUCUCCGGCGACAUGUCUGGAGAGGCUUCCGGAGAUAUGUCAACCGAGGACAUGAUUGAGGACUCUGGCUCCGGAGAGGAAAUGUCCUCAGAGAAGGCGUCUGGUGAGUUCAUCGACAUGAUCAGCGGAGAGGCUGUUGAAGACGACGCCGUCAGCGGAGACGCCAGCGGAGAACUCAGCGGAGAACCCAGCGGAGACGCGAUGGAUGACGAGAUCAGCGGCGAGGACAUGAUGAAGACUGGAGAUGUCAGCGGGGAGAUGAGCGGAGAAGUCAGCGGAGAUAUUAGCGGAGAACAACUGCUACCGGGAGAGCUCAGCGGAGACGAUUCGACCGAAGAGUCCGGAAUGGAGAGCGGAGAAUCCGGCGAGGAAUCAGGCGAGGAGUCCGGAGAGGAGAGCGAGGAGUCUGGGGAGGAGAUGGAGUCUGGAAGCGGAGAAAUCGACGAGCUGAUGCCGGCCAGUGGAGAGGAGGAGGAUCAGCUGAUGCCGGACGGCUCCGCUGAGGGCUCCGGCGACAUCUCCGGCUCCGGGGACGAGGAAGACGAGCUGAUGCCUCGUUUCGGAGGCGACACGGAUAAGGAGACUGCUGAUGAGAAGAAGGACCGGUGCCGACCGCGCCCGGUGCGGAUCCUGUGCGAGGCCGCGGAGUUCGGCUGCUGCCCCGACGGUCUGACGGUGGCCGCCGGACCCUUCCACCGUGAUUGUCCGGAGGUGACCAGCUGCCAGAAGACCAAGUUCGGCUGUUGUCCGGACCGCGUCACGCCGGCCGGCUCCGAGGACAUGUCCGACUGUCCGCCGGCGGCCGACUGCACUAAGUCGCUGUUCGGCUGCUGUCCGGACAACUUCACCGAGAUGGAGGACGCCGAGGGCAGCAGCUGCCCCAACGUCACCCGCGAGUGCGAGGUUUCCAGGUUUGGGUGCUGCACGGACUCGGACGAGGCAGCCGAGGGGCCAUUCGACAGGGGUUGUCCGGACAAGGUGCAGCCCACGGAGGAGCCGCCGACCGACGACGACUCGAAGAUGGACGAGGAGGCUCCGAUGAACUGCACUGAUACAGAGUUCGGCUGCUGCGCCGACGGCGUGACGGCGGCCACGGGUCCCGAUCAGGAGGGCUGCCCGGCCGCCUGUCUCAGCUCAGAGUUCGGCUGCUGCGACAACGGCUAUUUCCCUGCCCACGGUCCGAACGGCGAGGGCUGCUGCCUCAACACGCUGUUCGGCUGCUGUCCGGAUAACAUCUCACCGGCUCGCGGACCCGGCCUCGAAGGCUGCGGGUGCGAGUACUCUGCGUUCGGCUGCUGUCCCGAUAACCGGACUCUGGCCCGCGGUCCGGAGCUGGAGGGCUGCGGCUGUCAGUACACCGAGCACGGCUGCUGUCCCGACCAGUACACGCCGGCCGCCGGGCCCGACCAGUUCGGCUGCGGCUGCCACACGUUCCCCUACGGCUGCUGCCCCGACGGCGAGACGGUGGCGCAGGGACCCAACCAGGAGGAGUGCGGCUGCGACUACGCCGAGUUUGGCUGCUGCCCGGACCGUCGCACACCGGCCGCUGGUCCCAAUUACCAGGGCUGCGGCUGUGAGACCUACCCGUACGGCUGCUGCCCCGAUGGUGUCACUGAGGCGGCCGGCGCCGACUUCGAGGGAUGCGACGACAAGCCGCUUAAGCCGGCAGAGAUCUGCGGCAUGCCCAAGGAGCGCGGCUCGUGCCGCAACUUCACCGUGCGCUGGUUCUUCGAUAUGGAGUACGGCGGCUGCUCACGCUUCUGGUACGGCGGCUGCGACGGUAACGACAACAGCUUCGAGACCCAGGAGAGCUGCAAGGCGCUCUGCGUCGAGCCAGAGGGCAUGGAGGCCUGCCAGCUGCCGGUGGUGAAGGGAGCCUGUGACGGCUACUACCCGUCUUGGUACUACAACCGCGAGCGCAGCCGCUGUGAGCCGUUCGUCUAUGGCGGCUGCCUCGGCAACGGCAACCGCUUCGCCACGGUGGAGGAGUGUCAGGAGACCUGCGUCAUCCCAGAAACAUUGGACCCCUGCGAGCAAGAGGUGAUGCCUGGCCCGUGCGCCGGAAACAACCAGCGCUGGUUCUUCGACAAAGAAUCCUCCACAUGCAAGGAGUUCAACUACGGCGGCUGCAAGGCCAACGAGAACAAUUUCCUCACCAAGGAGGAGUGCACGCACCGCUGCGCGCGGCCCGGCCGCAAAGCCAUCUGCUCUCUGCCUCGCGCCGAGGGCUCCUGCGGCGAGUCACUGCCGCGCUGGUACUUUGACUAUCAGGAGAGCCGGUGCUCUCCGUUCUACUAUACCGGCUGUGAGGGCAACCUCAACCAGUUCGAGAGUGAAGAGGAGUGUGAAGAGUCCUGUCCUUCGCACGUGUACGCGGCCGAGGCCUGCACGGACCCCCAGGACCCUGGCCCGUGCGCCAACUACACGAUCCGCUACUCAUACGACCUGCAGGAGGGGCGCUGCCGGCCCUUCUACUAUGGCGGCUGCGAUGGCAAUCGCAACAACUUCCGCUCCGACGCAGAGUGUCGCGAAAAGUGCGAAUCCCGCAAAGUUGAGACGGAGCCGACGCAGUUCGAGAUUGAGUCGUGUUUCCUGCCCGGCGACGCGGGCACAUCGUGCAGUGACGCCGCCGCUCUCUGGUACUACGACUCGCGGAUCGGCGUCUGCACUCAGUUCAUGUACGGCGGCUGUGGAGGCAACCCGAACCGGUUCAGGACGCGAGACGAGUGUCGGCAGCGCUGUGGCGCGGCGCAGGACGUGUGCUCCCUGCCGCGAGUGGUCGGCCCGUGCUCCGGCUCUCUACGCCAGUACUACUUCGACAUCCAGAUGGGCCGCUGUCUCGAGUUCGACUACGGAGGCUGCCAGGGCAACGACAACAAGUUCAACAGCUUGAGGGAGUGUGCGGAGCGGUGCGGCGGCCCGGCAGAGGAGGCUCCGCGCCAGCCGGAGUGGCGCCCGGAGCCGGAACCUGAGCGUGAGCCGGAGCCGGAGCCGGAGCCUGAGCGGGAGCCGGAGCCGGAGCCGGAGUGGGAGAAGGACGAGAGGCCGACAGAGGAACGGAUGCCCGAUGAGACGCCUCGUCCAGAGGAAGGUCUGCCGGAGGUCUGCAGCCAGCCGUACAACCCCGGCCCGUGCCGCGUGCCCAGCGUGGUGUGGUUCUACAGUGCCGACCUGGGAAUCUGUCGCCAGUUUACCUACGGCGGAUGCCGCGGCAAUGAUAACAAGUUUGUCAGCCAGGAACAGUGCAAACGGACCUGUGGAGAGUUCCGCAGCCAGGACGCGUGCGGCGUGCCUCCCUCGGGCGGCGACUGCGGCGGCAGUGAGACCAAGUGGUACUUUGACUACCGGGACUCCACCUGUAGGCCGUUCGAGUACACGGGAUGCGGCGGUAAUGCCAACAGGUUCGCCACGGAGGACGAGUGUCAGACGCUCUGCGUGCAGGGCACCGAGCCGGCAGUGCCCGAUCUAGAAGAGGAGAAAAACGCAGGCGAAGAAGUCGACACAGAACCACCGGUACCAGAGGUCACCCAGACCCCGCAGCCGCGGCGACGUCCCACCACCACGACAGCACGUUCGACGCCAGCGGCAGACGUCGACUGCUCCGAGUUCACUGCACAGUGUGACACAAUGCGGUGUCCGUUCGGCCUGGAACGUCGCGUCGAUGACAACGGCUGCGAGCGCUGCUACUGCUACAACCCGUGCACGGACGUGAGCUGCGGCGGCGAGCAGCGCUGCGCCAUCUCGUACGGACGGGACGAGGAGGGCGGUCUGAUCGUCAGCGCCGUCUGCCGCUUCAGCAACAAGAGCGGCGAGUGCUCAGCGCCCAUUGUGGAAGGGGAGUGCCCAGGCGAUACCAGGGACGGCUGCCGCGACGAUGCUGACUGCCGAAACAACCUCAAGUGCUGUAACGACGGCUGCACUAUGCGCUGUCUGCCUCCGGACGGUGAGGAGGAAAGGCUUGUUCAGGAGACGAAGGUGACGCCGUUGACCACCACGCCGGCGCCGGUUACCGAACAGGAGAUGACUGACUUGUUCACGGAAGCCACCGUUCUGUCGACGGAGCGCCAGUAUGAGGCCGAGUCGACGGCGCCGACCAGCCGACCGGACCCGUACACUACUCCGUCUGACCGGUGGCCCGUGUACCCUCCGAGCCCACGACCGCCUACACCAGCUCGGUCAGAGGUACCGGCCCGUAUUAUUGAGCACGAACCAGAGGCGGAGGCCAACGAGGGAGAGCUGGCCGUGCUGAAAUGUGCCGCCGAGGGUGACCCGCAGCCGCAGGUGGUCUGGACUUACGACAACCGACAGGUUGACACGAGCCGCGGCCGGUACCGUCUGGAGCGGAACGGUACGCUGGUCAUUGUCGGCGUCCGUCGGGACGACGGCGGAGAGUACCGGUGUAGGGCCGACAACCGGCUGGCGGCGCCCGACACUCGUACCGUCACCCUGACCGUACUCGGCCCGGUGCCCCGUCAGGCGGCCGUGCUCCGUCCCUCCGCCGACGAACAGCCGGUGGUGGAGCUCGGCGGUCCGGCGGUGAUCCGCUGCUACGCCUACGGCUGGCCGCGGCCGUCCGUCACCUGGUGGCGCGACCAGCGCAUGCUGCCACUCUCUUCGGAGAGAGUAGAGCAGAGCUCGGACCAGACGCUGGUGCUGCGGCUGGUGCGACUCCAGGACCUGGGGACGUAUACCUGCCAGGCGUACAACGGCCAGGGCCGCGCCGUCUCGUGGAGCACCCAGCUGCGCGCCUACGGACCCGUCUUCUCUAGCGAGAGCGAGGAGGACCGGCCGUUCCUGCAGUUCCUGGUCACACGCCCGCAGCAGCCGACGGCCUCGACGCGCGCGCCGCCGCCGCCGCAGCCCACCACCUUCCCGGCGCGUCGGCCCGGCGAGCAGCCCUACUACCCCGACUACGUGACCCGGCCGACCCGGCCUCCGACCCCGAGCGUCACCAGUCCCACCGUGCAGAGGGUGGCGGUGCGGGCCUCCAUCAACAUGACGGAGACCAUGUUCACCCCGGGUGUGGACAUUCGGAUCCCGUGUGAGACGUCGGGGUACCCGACUCCGCGGGUCACCUGGUACAAGGACAGCGUGCCGCUGCAGCCCGACGAAAGACGACGGCUCCAAGGUGACGAGCUGCUAGUGCUGCGCGCCGAGCCGGCCGAUUCCGGAUCAUACCGGUGUGAGGUGGAGAACGUGUUCAGCGCCGCCGAGAGCACAGUCACCAUCACCGUCCAGGGAGUUUACAUCCACCCCAACUGCACGGACAACCCGUUCUUCGCCAACUGCGAGCUGAUCGUGAACGCCCGCUACUGCGCCAACCAGUACUACGCCCGUUUCUGCUGUCGGUCAUGCACGCUGGCGGGCCAGCUGUCUCCCACCGGCCGCCAUCUCCAAGGCUAUACGCCGGCCGACGGCCGCCUCAGGCGCUGACCGACACCUGGCGGUCGCGGCGUCAACUAGAGAUUACAUCACCGGCCGCCAGGGGCGCCCGCCUGCAGUCGGGCCGAGCGGCGUGUGGUGAGCUGUGUGCUGGGAACUGGGGGGCGGCGGGCCUGCUGGCCGCUCCUCGCUGUGCGGGCCGCCCGCUGAGCCCGCUCCACUGCCAGAGUGCUGAGUUGUUGACUGUGUGAAGUGCUUCCCUCUGCUUGUGGCCGGGCGCGCUGGCCGAGGGGCGGCGCCCGCCGGCCGCCCUGCCAGCAGUCAGCUGACGGGAAACGGGGCGCGGAUUUUAUGGAGGUCACCUGACCGAUCCUGUGGUUUUAGAUGGGUCAGCUGGGUAGGACACGUGACCCGGUCUCGGUCAGGUCAGUUCGAGGCGUUCGUGUUCUUAUUACUGCCACAUCGGUAUUACAAAGUGCCAAACAAUUUUUACACUGUUAUGCUUUAGAAGAGGCUUCUCGCCGUAGUUGAGCGUAUGUGUGCGUCAGUUUGACUGUUGACUGCUCGAACCGAGCUGCGGUGCGGCGUUUGUUGACGGCUGGGCGAUACUGUGCCUGUCGGUAAGACGCACUAACUCACUGUAAUGUAGCGUGCCUUCUGUACAUGAGGCGCCUCGGGUGGGGCCGACCUCGGGCGGGCGGGGAGGGGGCCGCCGACUAGAGCGCCCUGUCCGUCGUUCGCCGAUCUGUACAUAUAAUACACCGUCAAAGAGCGCCGACCA